GGCGGCUACGGCGCAGGGCGGCGAGGCCCGGGCUCAGCCGGUCUGCGCCCGCGGGACGGGGAGGCCCUUGGAGACCGAUUCGGGCCCCGGGAAGGUCGUCGGCCUGAAGUGAGUUUGCUCGUGGGCCCAGAGCCGGCUCCGCGGGAACGGCGGCCCCGGGAGGCGGAGGAGGAGCAGCCCCCGCCCCGGAGUCCUCGGGAGCCUCGGGGCAGCUCGGCGUGUCCCAACGGGGUCAGUCGUUAACAGUCUGUAUGCUUUUCCAAGAGCAGCAGAGAAUGAAUGAGUCCCAGGGGCCAGUGUCAUUCAGGGACGUGGCCGUGGACUUCACCCAGGAGGAGUGGCAGCAGCUGGAGCCUGAUGAGAAGACCACGUACCGGGAUGUGAUGCUGGAGAACUACAGCCAUCUCGUCUCCGUGGGCUACGACAGCACCAAGCCCAAAGUGAUCCUCAAGUUGGAGCAGGGAGAGGAGCCAUGGGUAGCCGAAGGUGAAGUGCCGUGUCAGAGUCAGCCAGAAGAAGUCUGGAAGGCAGAUGACCCGAUAGAGAGAAUCCCAGGAAGUGAAGACGAACGUUCAAGGCAAGCUAUUUCUGUCAACAGCAAAACCCCGGUUGAAGAGAGAGAGAAUGCAUUUGAUAAAACAUGUAAUGUGGAAACAAGCCUUGUUCCUUCAAACGUAACACCUCACACGUGUGUCUCCUGUGGAAAGAAUUUAGAGUCUACUUCAGAAUUAAUUAUUAGUGAUGGAAGCUAUGCGAGAAAGAAACCUGAUGAGUGUAGUGAAUGCGGGAAGAUGUACCACGGAGGGAAACCCUAUGAAUGUAAUCAAAAUGGGGAAGGCUAUUCUCAAAAUGAAGAGAGUAUUCUUCAGAAAAUUAAUAUUUUGGAGAAACCCUUUGAAUAUAAUGAAUGCAUGGAAGCCUUAGACAAUGAUGCUGUUUUCCUUGCGCAUAAGAGAGCUUAUAUGGGGGAAAAGCCCUAUGAGUGGAAUGACUCCGGGUCAGACUUCAUCCAGAUGUCAAAUUUUAAUGUUUACCAGAGAUCACAGAUGGAAUUAAAGCCUUUUGAAUGCACUGAAUGUGGGAAAUCCUUCUGUAAAAAGUCAAAGUUAAUCAUCCAUCAGAGGGCCCACACAGGAGAAAAACCUUACGAAUGUAAUGUAUGUGGGAAAUCCUUCAGCCAAAAGGGGACCUUAACCGUCCAUCGGAGAUCGCAUUUAGAGGAGAAGCCCUAUAAAUGUAACGAAUGUGGGAAAACCUUCUGCCAGAAAUUACAUCUCACCCAACACCUGAGAACUCAUUCAGGUGAGAAGCCCUAUGAAUGUAAUGAGUGUGGGAAAACCUUCUGCCAGAAGACCCAUCUCACCCUACACCAGAGGAAUCAUUCAGGAGAGAGACCCUAUCCGUGUAACGAAUGUGGAAAAUCCUUUUCACGCAAGUCUGCCCUCAGUGACCACCAGAGAACACAUACGGGAGAGAAACUUUAUAAAUGUAACGAAUGUGGGAAAUCCUACUACCGAAAAUCUACCCUCAUUACACAUCAGAGGACCCACACGGGAGAGAAACCCUAUCAGUGCAGUGAGUGUGGGAAGUUCUUCUCUCGGGUGUCGUACCUCACUAUACAUUAUAGAAGUCACUUAGAAGAGAAACCCUAUGAAUGUAACGAGUGUGGGAAAACCUUCAAUUUAAAUUCAGCCUUCAUUAGACAUCGGAAAGUACACACAGAUGAGAAACCCCAUGAAUGUAGUGAAUGCGGAAAACUCUCUCAGUUCUCCUAUGUCGCUGACCAUCCUACGGCUCCUUUAGGAGAUAAACCCUAUGAAUGUAAUGAAUGUGGGAAAAUCUUCCUUGACAGUUCGGCCUUCAGUGGGCACCAGUCACUUCCGAAAGGGGAGAAAUCCUAUGAAUGUAACAUCUGUGGAAAAUUGUUCUCUGAAUUAUCGUACUACACUAUCCAUUACAGGAGUCAUUCUGAAGAGAAACCCUAUGGAUGCAGUGAAUGUGGGAAAACCUUCUCCCAUAACUCAUCCCUCUUUAGACAUCAAAGAGUGCACACAGGAGAGAAGCCCUAUGAGUGUUACGAGUGUGGGAAGUUCUUCUCUCAGAAAUCCUAUCUCACCAUCCACCACCGGAUCCACUCGGGAGAGAAGCCCUAUGAAUGUAGUAAAUGUGGGAAAGUCUUCUCUCGGAUGUCAAACCUCACCGUUCACUAUAGAAGCCAUUCAGGAGAGAAGCCCUACGAAUGUAAUGAAUGUGGAAAAGUCUUUUCUCAGAAGUCAUACCUCACUGUACACUAUAGGACUCAUUCAGGAGAGAAGCCCUACGAAUGUAACGAGUGUGGGAAAAAAUUCCACCACAGGUCAGCCUUCAAUAGCCAUCAGAGGAUUCACAGGAGAGGGAAUGUGAAUGUACUGGACGUGGAGAAUCUCCUGUGAAGUCAAAACCCUCUUGAGUAGACCGAAAUGUAAUAGGGAGUCAGAUGUCACUGAGAGUUCAUGUUUCUGAAUGGGGAAAGCCAUUUAGGAAUUAAACUUAUCUCCACCUGAUUUCUCACAGAGAAGGAUUCCUAGGAAUGAAAGCAGCAGCAAAGCCUUCAGCAAAAUACUGCAAUCCGUUGGGCAUGAGAUGAUUUAUACAGGAGUGAAACUUGGUGCAUAUUUAAUAUUUAUUUUGGAAUUUGAAUUGUAUUUACAUAUCAGGGAAUCAUACCAAGGCGAGAUCUUCAGAGGGAUGAAUGUGGGAAAACUAUUGUCUUGGAAAUUGUUAUACUAAAAGCCAUAUUUCUGACAUAAAUUCCAAUAGGAAUUCCAAUAGGAAAGCUAUCAGAAGCUAUCAGCUCUGAAUAAAUCAUUGUAUCAAAUGAAGUUUUGGAAUCACCAGGAGUUUAUAAUGAGGACUGUAACAUUAAACAUAUAUAUGGCAGUUCUAUCAUGUUUUAAAAAUGCAGUCCAAUAGUAAUUCUAUGCAAAUUGGGAUUUGAAUUAUUUGGGAAAAGGCAGUAUUUUGAGUAUUAAGGUGGCAAAAUGUACUAACACAGGAUAUGUGUUGUUGGUGAGACGUUUGCUAGGUACCAGGUAGUUAAAUACUUUUCUCUUUGUUGGGAGGCAUUGACAAAUGGAUUUUUAACAAAUGCCCCAUCAAUGAAGGCUAAGCGGUGGCUUUUGUAGCAUUUUCAACUACAUUUGAGCAAAAAGGAUUUUAAGACACUCUUUUCAUAAACUGUGCAUAGAUGAUUUGGAGUUAAGUCUGUGUCAGUAAAAGAGGGCAUCCACACAGCUUAUCUAUAGAAUACACACAGCUCUCGUGCCACUCUGCUUGUCUAAUUGUCAGAGUGCGCA